UCUCCCACUGCUGGCCAUUGGGCUUCCUCUCAUCACCAUAUUUGGUAAAGUGGAAACGCCAACCGGAUGGUUCACAUUUAUAUAUCUAUUGAAAUAUCGGACUCAUUGUUCUAUCUGUGACCCAUUAUCUUUCCCUUACCAACAUGGCCGACAUUAUGCGUCAUUGUUCUCAAAUCACGUGGACGCGCUCUCUGGCGAACACUUCCGGUAGCGUUUCCUGUGUUUGUAAACUGAGAAAAAUUGGAACUCCGUCAAGAAAUAUUAAUCUGCAAAACAAAAUCUUAAGGACUUAACGUAUUGCAAUGUCAAAAGAGGUUAUCUAUCCAAUGCAUUUGCCCCAUGAUUUUGCUGUGUGUGUGAGUUUUAACAAGCAAGCUAGGUAGCCCCUCACUUCCAUGCAGCUUUAGCUUGUCCUUUGCAUGAAGAUUAGAGUACUUGCAUGGAGACUAGAGUAGAAGAUCAGCUGUGUGGCUAGGCUAAAUUAGGCUUUCCUGUUUGUUUUUAUACUUGACUUUAUACAUGACUCCUAAAAUGUGAUAUCAUAUCGUUAGCAUAAUACUUUGGUCAAUAUUGAAUGUUCUCUUGAGUAACUUGCACAUGCAUUUUUACAAACUGUGUUUGUCCUUGUCCAGCUUUAUUUCUGUCUUCAUUGCAACAAUAUUUGACAACAAUGUUUUCUGUUUUCCAUGGGAAGAGGUGGCAUACACCAAACCAUUGGGGCUGCUGUCUCCAAGCCUGAUAUAAACUUCCUUUGUUGAGUUGACAAAGCCAAAUUUAUAAAAGCACCCCUGAUGAUUAAACUAACUUGCACUGUAGCUAGUAGGUCUGAAUAUGAAUACCAGUAGUUAAAAUAAAAAUAAACAAAAUACAAUAAUUUUGGCCUCACAAUAACCCUCUAUUUCCAGGCCUUGGCCCCUGAUUAUUUGGGUGAGUGUGGUCUCUUGUCACACCCCUCAUCCUGAGUGACCCCCCCUUGACGCACCCCUGUACCCCCAAACACACACACGCAUUCAAACCACGCACCGGCGAUGACACACCAUCCCAACAACUCCGUUCGAGACCACAUGAAAUGGGCUGGGUUGCUGGGCUGUGAGACGGUGCUGUCCAGCAUGGCCCUGAUGCAGGCCAACAACAUGUCUGGCAGUCAGAAGAAGAUGACAUCACAGCACGGCCAGGGUCAGCAGGGUCAGAGAGACAACAACAACCCUGAGAGCCACCAGCAGCAGUCUCACCAGUCUCACCACAGCCACAUGGUCUUGCCCUCUGGGGUCAGCUGCCCACCCCUGUUAAUCAGAAAAGAUGGACACUCGUUUCACACACCCAGGCUGCUGGAUGAGAAAGAUAUGCAGGCCAGCCAGAAUAUGCAAUCGACAAAGAAAAAGCACAGAAAAUCAGGAACACCCAACAAACUGAGAGAGAAAGUGGAGCAGGUGGAGAUGGAUAUUAAUGGUGAGGAUGAUCAUAAUUCACAAGUACAGAAGAACUUCAUCUGUGAGCACUGCUAUGGAGCAUUCCGAAGUAGCUACCACCUGAAGCGGCACAUCCUCACUCAUACAGGGGAGAAGCCGUUUGCAUGUGACGUGUGUGACAUGCGGUUUAUUCAGCGAUACCACCUGGACAGACACAAGAGAGUUCACAGUGGAGAGAAGCCCUACCAGUGUGAUCGCUGCAAUCAGAACUUCUCACGGACGGACCGUCUGCUACGUCACCGCCGUCUGUGUGGAGCGGGGGCCAGCCUUCCCAAGGAGGAGAACCAGUCAUUCUCCUGCGAGAGCAGAGGAGGAGCCUACUCACAGGAUGCACCUGGGCACACGGCCGCCUGGAGUCCCCUACAUCAGCAGAACAGCCGUCUGGCUGUCUAACCUCUGAUCCCUCAGAGAAACCCCCCCCACCCAACACGCAGUCAGCAGUCCUCAGCUCGGUGAUGCCACAUACUGGAGCAGACCAGUACUGCUUCCUCCCUCAGCCCAGAUAAACCUGGCUAAGACACAAGACAAAGACACCCAACCUGAUGCUGUUCUCACCAGUGAGCUCAUAUCCUGUUGAUGGGAUAGUGAAUUUAUUUUCUACUUGUUUUAUUAUAAUAUUUGUAUCAUUACGUACAUGGUACAAGACCAAGGGUGGGAGGGGUUUGGGCAAGCUGUCAUAUUACUAUGGCAAUAAUGAAUUCUCAAACUGACAUGUUGUAACCUCAAUUGGACUAGUAUUAUUUGACUGGGAAUGAUCCAUGGAGACUCAAUGUAAGGUUGGCCUGGUCAAACCAAUGUGCUCCCCUGGCGUUGCUUUUUUACUGUUGAGUGUUUGUGGAAGGACACUUCCUUUUCCACAAACAGCCUCAGUGGUCAUUGGCCAACAAGGUCAUACUAUGGACAUGAUUAAGUUAUUUUAAGGACAAUGGUGAACACACAAAUCCUUGUGGCCUUGAACCACUCAGAUUCAUUCAGAGUUGGUUCUGUUACUACUGCUUGUAGCUCACUAGCUCCUGGACUUCCUUGUUAGGGAAUUGCUGUAAGCUAAUAGACCUGUGUAACUAACUGAUCCUACCUUAAUGUAGAGACCAUUAGGGACUUCAUAGCACAUUUCUUGUUCUCUGUUGUGUGUCCCACACAUCCAUCCAGUCCUUGUUAUGUGUUUGAUUCAACGCCAUCUAAAUAUAUCUAACUUGUGUAAUUUGAUACACUGGUCAGGUGGUGUUUAACUCUAGAACCUCUCAUAGUGACCAUAGAAAUAUAAUUACUAAUGUCCAUUCUAGAAUUCUAUUUCUGUUAGUGACCUCAGUCUUUUCAGUGAAUGAUCAGGACAUCUGUGUAUGUAGGCCUAUUCUAUAUUCAUUCACUCUAUGAAGAGUCUGUCUUUCCUAACUCUUGUGUUAUUUUAAUUCAUUGUUAUCAAAUGUCCUGAGUAUGUUGAUCCAGCUUGUCAUAUUUAAUAUUUCUGGUGUUAUUUUAAAGAAGGGGUCAUCAUAAGCAGCAGAUGAAGCAGGACGGUUGACCUCUCAACUUUGACCUGCUCUGACCCAUAAGGGACCCAUGUUUGUGAAUGAAUGCUUCCUCUGUAAUAUCAUACCAUGUUAUGUUUCUAUUCACCUCUGGCAUCUUCAGUGAAGAUGACCUUUUCUGAUCCAAAACUACCCCUACAACAUUUACGUCAUUUAGCAGACGCUCUUAUCCAGAGCGACUUACAGUUAGUGAAUGCAAACAUUUAUUUUUCAUAC